UCGUGAGGGGCCGUUAACUCUAAGAUGUCCUUGAGCAGCGGAGCUUCCGGAGGGAAAGGAAUUGAUGCGAACCCGGUUGAGACGUAUGACAGUGGGGAUGAGUGGGACAUUGGUGUAGGGAAUCUCAUCAUUGACCUGGACGCUGAUUUGGAGAAGGAUCAGCAGAAAUUGGAAAUGUCGGGCUCCAAGGAGGUGGGGCUCCCGGCACCCAACGCAGUGGCAACACUACCGGAUAACAUCAAGUUUGUGAGCCCAGUGCCAGGCCCGCAAGGCAAGGAGGGCAAAUCGAAGUCGAAAAGGAGCAAGACUGGUAAGGACAGUGGGAAGCCGACCCCAGGGUCCUCCCUGUUCACUCCCAGUGAGGGAGCUGGUGGCAAGAAGGAGGUUCAAGGACGCUCUGGGGAUGGUGCGAACUCGGGUGGUUUGGUGCCCGCCGUCGCCCCGAAGAGCUCGGAGAAGUCAGCCAAGGCGUCUCGCAGUGUGGCUGGCUCCAAGAAGGAGAAGGAGGGCGGCUCAUCCAAAAGCAAGAAGGAAAGGAGUGAGGGUGCGGGGACUGCGGCAGAGAAGGAGCCCAGCGUGCUGCAGCCCCUGGCCCUGGCAGUGAGGGUGGGACAGUAUGACGGGGGCCAGGGGACAGAGCCUGCUGCUGCUGAGCAGCUUGGGAGUAUAGCUAUUGACACGGGAGCUGCACUCAAUCCCUUGGGAGUAAAGUCGGAGCUGGAGGAUGGAGAAAGUGAGUGCCGGCAGCUGAAAAAGGUGAAGUCAGAAAAGAUGGAAUCUCCAGUCUCUACGCCUGCAGUGCUGCCCUUGCACCUCCUCGUCCCCGUGGUGAACAACGACAUCUCGUCGCCGUGCGAGCAGAUCAUGGUGCGCACGCGCUCGGUGGGGGUGAACACGUGCGACGUGGCCCUGGCCACCGAGCCCGAGUGCCUGGGCCCCUGCGAGCCUGGCACCAGCGUCAACCUGGAGGGCAUCGUCUGGCAGGAGACAGAGGACGGGAUGCUGGUGGUCAACGUCACCUGGAGGAACAAGACGUACGUGGGGACACUGCUGGACUGCACGCAGCAUGACUGGGCACCGCCCCGGUUCUGUGACUCUCCCACCAGUGACCUGGAGAUGCGCAACGGCCGGGGCAGGGGCAAGCGGAUGCGCCCCAACAGCAACACGCCGAGCAAACCCCUCUCCGACAUGGAUCUGAACUCCAGCUCGGAGGACUCCAAGGGCAGCAAGCGCAUCCGCACCAACUCCAUGGGCUCGGCCUCGGUGCCGCCUGCCGCGGUCAAGGUGGAGCCGGCUGUCCUGGAGCGCAACUGCCCUUCGCCCAUCCUCAUCGACUGCCCCCAUCCCAACUGUAACAAGAAGUACAAGCAUAUCAAUGGGCUGAAGUACCACCAGGCCCACGCACACACGGAUGACGACAGCAAGCUAGAAGCAGAUGUGGACAGUGAGUAUGGUGAGGAGCCCUCCCUGCAUGCCGACAUUGGGAGCUGCAAUGGUGCUGCUGGAACACAGAAGGGUUCCCUCUCACCCGCGCGCUCGGCCACCCCCAAGGUGCGUUUGAUGGAGCCACACAGCCCCUCCCCAUCCAGCAAGUUCAGCGCCAAGGUCCCCUGCAAGAAGAAGGUGGGUGGGGAAGGGGACACAGACCUGGGUGCUCUGUCCAAUGAUGGCUCUGAGGAUGGUCCCUCGGUGGCCGAUGAGACGAGUAACGAUGACUUUGACUCUAUGGAGAAGCGAUGCAUUGAUAAGGACAAGUCAAAGAAGGCCUCUGGUGCUAAACAGGAGAAGAUUCCUUCCAAAAGCUUGAAGUCUGCCAGACCCAUUGCACCAGCCAUCCCCCCGCAGCCGAUUUACACCUUCCAGACUGCCACGCUGACCACAGCCAGCCCUGGCUCCUCUGCUGGCCUGGCCACAACUGUGGUCCAGACCAUGCCCAACAGCCCCCAGCUCAAACCCAUCCAGCCCAAGCCAACAGUGAUGGGAGAGCCCUUCGCUGUCAACCCUGCCCUCACCCCUUCCAAGGAGAAGAAGAAGAAAGACAAGAAGAAGAAAGAGCCCAAAGAGGUGGAAAACCCUUUGACUCCUGGCAAAGCCUGCAGAGCAGAGGAAGGUAAGAGCCCUUUCCGGGGGGAAUCCAGUGAGCUGGGGAUGAAAGGCGAGGGGCUGCUGAACGGUUCAUCUGACCCCCACCAGAGCCGGCUCGCCAGCAUCAAGGCCGAGGCAGAUAAAAUCUACAGCUUCACUGACAACGCCCCCAGUCCCUCCAUUGGUGGGGCCAGCAGGCUGGAGAACACCAACCCAGCCCAGCCCCUGACCCCACUGCACAUUGUCACCCAGAAUGGGGCAGAGGCCAGCUCGGUGAAGACCAACAGCCCGGCCUACUCGGACAUCUCUGAUGCUGGGGAGGAUGGGGAGGGCAAGCUGGAGAGUGUGAAGGCAAAGGAUCCAGAGCAGCUGGUCAAGGAAGGCGCCAAAAAAGCUCUUUUCCCACCACAACCGCAGAGCAAAGAGUCUCCCUUCUACCAAGGCUUUGAAACCUACUAUUCCCCUGGCUACCCCCAGGCUAGCCCGGGACCCCUGAACCCCGGCGGGCAGUCUGCAGCCGAGACACAGACCUUGAAGCUGAAGAAGGACGAGGAGCAGGAGAACCCAGAGGUGAAGGUGAAGAGUGAAGGCUGUGAAGAGAAGAAGGCAGAGCUCGGCAGUGGCUCCAGCCAGCAGCCCUCGGUCAUCCAGCAGCGCCCCAACAUGUACAUGCAGUCCCUUUACUACAACCAGUACGCCUACGUGCCACCCUACGGCUACAGCGAGCAGGGCUACCAUGCCCACCUGCUGAGCACCAACCCUGCCUACCGCCAGCAGUACGAGGAGCAGCAGAAGCAGAGGCAGAGCCUGGAGCAGCAGCAGCAGCGAGGGCUGGAGAAGAAGGCAGAGCUGGGCUUGAAAGAGAGGGAGGCGGCACUCAAAGAAGAAUGGAAGCAGAAGCCACCCAUGCCCCCAACGCUGACCAAAGCCCCAAGCCUCACAGACCUCGUCAAGUCGGGGCUGAGCAAGCCCAAGGAGCAGGGAGGUCCUGAUAUGGCCAAAUCAGUCAUCAUCCCCAAGCUGGAGGACUCGUCCAAGCUGUCCAGCAGCCAGGUUGCCGAGGGGCUGAAGGUGAAGCUGGGUGAGCCUGGUCACCUGGGGAAGGAGACGGCUGAGACGAAGGCUGGCUCCGAGUGUGGCCGGCAGGCGGAGGUGGACCCUGUUCUCUGGUACAGACAGGAAGCUGAGCCCCGGAUGUGGACCUACGUGUACCCAGCAAAGUACUCAGACAUCAAGGCAGAGGAUGAGCGGUGGAAAGAGGAGAGGGACCGAAAGUUGAAGGAAGAAAGAAAUCGAAGCAAAGAAGCCUCGUCCAAGGAGGACGGGAAGGAGAGCAGCAGCUCCGAGUGCAAGCUGACCCCCACCGAGGAGGCUCGCAUGGUGGGGAAGGACCCCAGGCCCAGUGUCCACGUCCCCGUGUCCUCACCCCUCACGCAGCAUCAGUCCUACAUCCCGUACAUGCACGGCUACUCCUACAGCCAGUCGUAUGACCCCAACCACCCCAGCUACCGUGCCAUGCCCACCGUCAUGAUGCAGAACUACCCAGGAUCAUACCUACCCUCCAGCUACUCCUUCUCUCCGUAUGGGAGCAAGGCAUCCGGCAGUGAUGACAGUGACAAGUCCCGGGCCAGCCCCAGCGUGAGCUGUAAAUCCAGCUCGGAGUCCAAGGCCCUGGACAUCCUGCAGCAGCAUGCCAGCCACUACAAAAGCAAAUCACCCACGAUAAGCGAGAAGACGUCUCAGGAGCGGGAGCGCAGUGGCUGUGGGGUGGUGGGGGGCAGUGGGAGCUGCAGCAGUGUUGGAGGAGCGGGGGCAGGGGAGAGGAGCGCUGACCGGCCCCGCACGUCGCCCUCGCAGCGCCUGCUCUCCACACAUCACCACCACCACCACCUCGGCUACUCGCUGCUGCCAGCACAGUACAACCUGCCCUAUGCAACAGGUCUCUCCUCCACAGCCAUCGUGGCCAGCCAGCAAGGCUCCGCCCCAUCCCUGUACCCGCCUCCCCGGAGGUGAGAACGGAUGUGACACACCGGGAUGCCUGGGCUGUACAAGACGUGUGACUGGCUCACAUGGAGAAGCGCUGGAGACUCCUUUAGACAUCAGUUGAAUGGUGUUAAUUGUACUGCUUGACGUUCCUGCCGUGAUCUGAGGCAGACUCUGUCUUCUCCCCUCGUCGGACACACACUGACUCCCCACCCCACCCCUCUCUGGGGGCUGGGUGAGCUGGUACCUGCGGAUAUAUUUAUUCUACUGAGCACCAGCACUUGGGGUGGAGGCUACUCACCUGCCUGGUGCAUAUGAAGAGGAAACAGAAGCACUGAGGUUUCUUGAUGAAUUUGGGACCCUGCCGUGUCUCUGUGAGCUGCUGCUUCACGAUAGGACUGGGGGCAGGCGGGGACUUGGAACAUGGGGCCGAGCCUGCCGUGUGGCCACAGUCUCAGGAAGGGAAGGAAGGACUGGCUCACAGAGCCUUGGCGGGUGUCAGGGGGCUGGUGUGAGCCAGGCGGGUGAGUGGCAGCCUGGCUGGAGGCAGCUCUGGGGCUCUCCCAGUCCCUCAUCUGGUCCUGCACCCCACAGCACCCACAACUCUGUCUGUGGGCAGGAGCGGGGCAGCAGGGGACAGAGCUGGGGGCUGUGUCUGUCACCCCACAGGCUGCCAGGGCCCCCAGGCUGUGCACGGCCCAGACCUGCCUGAAGCUCCUGUCUGUGGCUUUUGCUUUGGUUUCGGAGCUGCAGCUCUGCAAAUCCCAGCCUUUUCUCUGCCCCACUAUCACGGCAAGUGCCCCCCAAACCCUGGGGCAGCACAUCCUGCUGUUGGGAGGGCUGUGGCUCCCCUUUUCAUCCACCUUUUGCUUUUAGGGCAGCUUCCCCAGGCCGCAGGCAGGGCGCAGCAAGAAACAAGCACACUUAGGUUCUGCCAGAGGCGUGUGGGGCCGUGCCAGUCCCCGCUCCAGCCUCGUGCCAGGGCUGGGGGCACCGGGUCCUGGAGGAAGAUGGUCCCCACUCCUGGCUGCUCCCAGCUCUGAGGACAGGGGCUUUCUGGUCCUCUGCCCCCAGCCCCAGCGCAGCUCACCCCAGGCCGACACUCUACCUCGGCCCCGCAGCGGCCGGGCCGCCCGCCCUGCCCCGCCUCUCCCGCUGCCCGGCCGGGGGACAGGGGCCAUCGCUCAGUUGUGUGUGUCCGUGUCGCACCCGGCCCCGAGGGCCGCUGUACGGGGAUGCUCUGCCUGCUGGGCUCUGUACAUACUGUAAAAAGCAAUUGUUUGAAAGCUGUUGUUUUGGGUUUUGUUUUCUUUCCCCGUUUCUUCCCCAUCCCACUGUACCCAGUUGGAAAGGAGGUGCUGGCUGCUCUCGGCCCGCUUCAGGUGCCGGCAGCACAGCAGCCCCAGCCUGCUCUUGUUGUCUGACUCAUUUUUCUUCCACCCUUUGUUGUGUUUGGAAGGAGACGGGGCCGCGUGGCCCGGCACACUCCGCAGGGACAAGGUGGGUUGGUUGAUGGACCCGCCCCGCACCCGGCACAGAGCCACACACAGCCACGGGAGCGGGGCCUGGCGGGCUCGGGGUGCUCUGAGAGCCCCACAUCCCACCGUGGAGCAGUGUCCUGACUGGCAGGGUCAGGGUGCUCAGAGCCCCACAUCCCACCGUGGAGGGGUGUCCUGACUGGCAGGGUCGGGGUGCUCAGAGCCCCACAUCCCACCGUGGAGGGGUGUCCUGACUGGCAGGGUUGGGGUGCUCAGAGCCC